UGACAACCUUUUGUUACUAAUACGGUAUCAUGGGAAAGAAAAAUAAUGAUAGGAAAAGAACCGCGUUUGAUUUAUUGGUGAAUCCAACUUCGGAGAAAGAUACUCUGAAGUCUUCCUCAUGAAUCCGAAGAAGGUCCGAUUCUUGUCUCCGCACAUUGCUACUACGCUCUGAAACCCCCUAUACCUUCGUAUCACAUCCAGUUCAGUCGUUGAAAUUCCGAUAUCAUGAGACAUGCAGCGCUCUCCAUAUUUCAACGACGAAUACACCAUCGGAUGGAUUUCAGGGUGUCACGAAGAACUUGUUGUCGCUAUGGCCAUGCUAGAUGAAGAGCACGGUAUCCCCCAGAGUAUCCCGGAAGAAGACCCAAAUUCGUAUCACUUGGGCGGGAUAGGUGAGCACAAAGUUGUGAUUACUUUUCUUCCAGCAGGGGAAACCGGCAUAGGUCCAUCAGUUAUGACCGCUGAGAAUAUGCGACGGACCUUUAAAAACCUGAAAGUUCUUCUUUCCGUCAGCACAGGUGGUGCUGUACCAGACACGGGACGGGACAUUCGUUUAGGUGACGUCGUGAUCGGUUAUCCCAGCGGAGUCUAUUCGGGGGUUGUGCAAUUUGACCAUGGUAAAUUAGAAGGUGACGGGUCAAUAAAGAGAAAGGAUUGGCGUAAUACGCCAUCUCGCAAAGCUUCAGCAGCUGUCGACCUUCUCAGAGCGUACCAAUCACGACCUAAGAACCCCAUCAACAAUAUGCCAGUUAUCAUUGACGAGUUGGGAGCAGGGUAUGCCUACCCCCCUGACGGCGAAUGCAAUGAUGUGCUGUACGAAAGGAACUAUGUACAUGCUUUCCUGGGAGAGCCAUGUGACAAAUGCAAUCAACAAGCCCUGGUGCUGAGGAAAUCACGCCGGACACCAUCUAAGCCGAAAGUCCAUUAUGGAAACAUCGCGUCUGGGAAUAUGGUCAUUAGGAAUGGUCUUGAAAGAGACAAGAUAAACCAGCGUUACGAUAAUUCCAUUCUUUGCUUGGAUACACAAGCGGCGGGAAUGUCGUGGAGCCUUCCAUGCGUUGCUAUUCGAGGAAUAAGCAAUUAUUCGGACUCGCAUGCAAACGACCGAUGGCAAAAACGUGCGAUAGCAGUGGCAUCCGCAUAUGCCAAGGAGCUUCUGACCUUGAUGGAACCACAUAAAGUGGAACUUCUGCUGCCCGUUGAGCCUUGGGUACUCCUAAAUCGUGUGACUUCGCAAAGUCUGAUCAGCCCAAAAGCAAAUAGACUCAAAGGUUUGGGACGGCAAGGGGGCGCUGGAGAUGUAUCAGCAGAAGAGCUUAAAAAUUUGCUAUUGCAGUUUGAGGCGUGGUUGAAGCUUAUGAAUGUUCGAGAACUUUAAAGUUUUCCAAAGCAAAAGCACGCAUUCUCAAGCAACGAACUCAUAUGUUUCAAAACAGCACCUUGAUAUCACGUCAACACUGGCUAUGGUGUCGAUUUCAAAUCGAAAUCUGAGCAAUUGCGGACCAAUUCCGCGGGCGGGCUUCGCGACAUGUGUUCAUAAAUAGGGCCGAUUCAUAAAUUCGGUGCAUAAUGCAAAUUAGAGUUUCGC